AGGAAGGCAGAUCGCCCUCUUGCCAAGCCCAGUGUAUGACUUCCGGAGCCCGGGAGCGUUAGCAGACCCUGCUGGGAGCCGCUCUGCCUGGGCGCCUGAUCCACACAGCCGGGCAUUAUGUUCCUAGGACCCCCGCGCCUGAGGAAGUGGUUCGGCCGCCAGAACAAUUACCGGAGGACCAUUCAGAAUACGUUCAAGCCGAGGGCAUACCCUUCCUUCACCCGCCGGAUCCCGUACGACGCGAACAAUGCGGCCGCCGAGGACAAUGACAACAUCGAGACGACCAUCCGGCAGUUCAGGAACUACAACAACCGGCCUGAGAGAUUUGGAAGACAGCUGAUGUUUGGACCAAUAAGAAAAUCAGUGGUAAAUGAUACACGAAGCAAUUCGGAGGGAUCCAGCUCCGUCGUCUUUGGGGAGUCCUUGGCCACCAGAACAAUGAAGCAGAAGAAGCAGAGAGACAACAGGGUGAACCAGAACCGGGGGAUACCACCACCUCCACCACCGCACAAGAUGCGGGCAGCCGAGGGGAAAUCUCCGAACAAGAACAGGUACAAUUUUUCUGGCAGGUACCAAGUCCAGCUCAGGCCUGGGUCAAUCCUGACGGUGUCUGUUGCCAACCCUCAAAUAAGCAUAAGUAGACAAUUCAAGCGUUCUGAUGGCGAAACUUCAUUUCUGAAAGAUAAAUGGAGCGCUCCCAAACAUGAGAAGUUUCAGCCCAGAGGGAUCUCCCUGAGGUACAAUUUCCGAGCCGUUGCCAAUCAGACUAAAAUGACCCUCAACGAGCGAUUCUCUGGCCUGAAGAUCAUCAAAGGGAAUUUCACUGUUACCAAAUCUGGGAGCAGAACCGUCACACUGCCUUAAAUGUUAUGAUAAUACAGAGUUGUCAGUAGUUGCUUCGUACAAUUUUUUGCCACAGAUAGUGAUUUUCCUUCCAAUAGUUUGCUAACAUAGACUUUCCGCUUUCCAGAAAACUUCUUAUGCUACAGCUUCAGUAAUCCAUCACAGUCAAGUGUAUUCAUAAAUCAUAAGAAAAAAAAAUCCCUGUGGGCUCUCUUCAUAUUCCUUUACGAGAAAAUUUGUCAGGUGAGACAGGAAAAGGAAGGGGUCAAAUAUCUUGAUGGUUUCUGACGGUAGCACAAUCGUUCUUUGCUCUUGAAGCAGUCGAGGGCUUGUUCACUCUGAGUUCACUCGUUCAUCGCAACUAAGAAAUCCAUUUCAGAUUCUGCUCCAUCAGUAGAAUAAGCUAGUGCCCAUAGCCUUGUGAAAACACUCAUUAAGUUCAGCCAAACUUGCUAUUUCCAGUGUGACAUCUUGGACAAACCAUCAGGCAUUUCUUUUGACGUUAAGUGUUAUUGAACCUUAACAUAGCUUUGUGACGAUGUAGAGAUAAUCAGUUCUAAGAUUGAGUGUGAUGCUAUGUGUAUACAACGUAAAUAAAGACUUUGCAAAUCAA